UUUCUUUUUCUUUUUUUACACGAUCCCCCUUUAAUUACAGAAAAUGACUCGCAAAGUAUUCUUAGAAAUCAAGAUCGGUGACAUUGAAGCCUACACCGAUGCACUGAAUCGAUACAACAAGGCAAAAGCCUGGGUCAAGCAAUGGUCAUCAACCUAUGGUUUCGCCAGCGACAAUUUAGACGAGCUUGAAUCAGAAGAUAAAGAGACUUUACGUGACAUUCUUUCAAGCGAUCCCACCGCCACCAGUGAGCAGUGGAUCAUCGAGGCCCCUUUACCCUUAAAAGGAGGCAAAGUCGUUAUAGACUUAAUGGAGAAGGAAUGUCCCAAGACAUGUGAAAAUUUCGUUCAACUUUGUGUUGGAGGCAAAGUGGGUAAAAGUUCCAAGAAACCAUUGUUCUUUAAAGGCACUCGUAUGUUCCGUCUUGUAAAAGAUUUUAUGGUGCAAGGUGGUGAUGUGACUCGAGGUGAUGGAUCUGGUGGUGAUAGUAUUUACAAUGGCAAGUUUAAUGAUGAAAAACCUGGCCUCGCAAAAAAGUUUAACAAGGCUGGGUUGUUGGCCAUGGCAAAUUCCGGGAAAAACUCAAACACUUCUCAGUUCUUCAUGACACUCGGUGAUAAGCACCCUCAAUUCGAGAAAAUUAAUGGCAAAUAUGUCAUUUUUGGUCAAGUAGUAGAAGGCUUGGAUGUGUUACAACAGAUCAAUCAAGUUAAUGAAAUCAAGGAAAAUCCUCAAGAGACCAUUACCGUCACCGAUUGCGGUGAAAUGUAACUACACACAUUUACCACAAUAUCACACUCAUUUAUACACGAAAUAAUAAUAAUAAAAAAAAAGACGAAUAGAGCUUUAGAGGUCAAUUACCCGAGACAAAUAAAAGUAAUGUAUUU